CUGCUGCAUGCGCACAGACGCACUGUGGCACAUUUCCAACAACUGCGCACCAAAGGCUCAAUUGCGGAUAUUCUACGACAGUAUUCGAUACGCUGGAUACGCUGGAUGGUGUCCACGCUGCAGCGUGUUUUGAAUCCGCGCAUCUAUUAUCUUCAGCAUGGCAACGUGACAAUGGUGCAAGGUUGGUUCUGCGGUGCGCCUUCGGUGACUUUUCUAACGAGGAAUGGCUUGUUCGUCAGAGCUAAGAAGGAAUUUGAUGGAAGCCUCUUUUGGAUUUCGAAUGUAACCCUACGCAGCUGGUGCUGAUUCCACUCGAUCCUCUCGCCUCUUCUUUCCUCCCACGACGCUAAUUGGAGAGCAUCUCAAUUGGUGGAGAGCAACCACAUCGAGCUUUGACCUCCACUCUCGCCGUUCACCUAGUUGUGUUGUGGGAUUUCUUCUCGCCUCUCUCUUGCUCGCCCGACCUUUGCAUUGCACCUUUUAUUUAAGGACAAUGCCGGUGAACGCGUUGCCCCGGGCGGUCAUCGGCGGCCAGGGCUCCCUCAGCCCGGCGUCGCUGUCCCGCAGCCUCUCUCGCCUGAGGGAAUACCGGACUCGGACCCGGAUCAUGCUGGCCCUCGGAGUCUCUCAGAUGGUCCUGGGAAGCCUCAUCCUCGCCGUCAGCUUCGCAGCUCUCGCUCUAACCACAUCUCCCAGGGUGCGACACUCUUGCCCUUUUUGGGCUGGUUUUUCCGUUCUUCUCUCUGGGCUUAUUGGCGUGGUGUCAUGGAAGAGGCCGCUCUCACUGGUGAUCACAUUCUUCAUGUUGUUGUCAGCAGUUUGCGUGAUGCUCAACCUGGCAGGCUCCAUCCUCUCCUGCCAGAAUGCUCAAAUGGUCAACUCGCUGGAAGAAUGUCAGCUGCUCAAGUUUGACAGCGAUGGAGUGUGUGUUUGCUGUGAGUUACAGCAACAGAGUUCAAGCUGCAACAACCUCGGAGAAACGCUGAAACUUAACCCACUGAGGGACUGCAAUACCAUACGUUUACGGCUCAAGGAGCUGCUGUUCAGCGUAUGCGCCCUUAACGUCAUCUCCACUAUUGUUUGUGCCCUCGCGACAGCCAUGUGCUGCAUGCAAAUUGUCUCUACUGAUGUGCUGCAGAUGUUUAUGCCGCACCGAACAAGAGAGCUAAAUGCUGAUUGUAUGACUCCCCAUGGAACCAUCCUCCACCAAACGCUGGACUUUGAUGAGUUUAUUCCUCCCAUUCCCCCACCGCCUUACUACCCCCCUGAGUACACAUGCACUCCAUCAAUGGAUGGACAAAGAGGCCUGCAUCUGGACUUCCCCCAUUCUCCCUUUAGUGCCAUUUAUGGGGUGCCCAUCAACAGCCCCGGGACACUAUACCCAACUGACCUGCCCCCACCAUAUGAGUCUGUGGUGGGGCAGACUCCUGCAAGCCAGGUCACCACCAGUAUCGAACAACAAGCGACUGAAUCCAGUUUAUGUGACAGACAUACAACAGCAGGACUCAGCACUCAAGCCUCUGUAGACAGCACAUCCCUGAUGGUGUCAGAGGUUGCUGAUCACGACCACACUUGCUCCUCAGAGGACUUGUGUUCCCUCGAAGUCCAAGGCUCAGAUUCCUCUCCAUACAGCACGCAACACACUGCACCGACCGACGGAAGCUGCAUCAGCCUUGAGCUUUGUACACGCACACGCUGCCAUCAUGGCUUGUCUAACACGGACGCUCGCCCCAGUGACACUGGAUUCAGUGAGUCCUCACAUACCCAAGAGUCCCUUGAACGCUCCCCAGACUGGUCCUCCGAAAACUACAGCAAUUUGGAUCAAGAGGAUUCUGCAGACAACUCUCGUGCAUAUGAGGAGCGUAGGCCCUCCAUGCACCUUUGUGAUGAGCUUGCAUCAGCCAAGCAUUUGCCAGAAGAGCCACCAAAAUUAUCUCCGCAUUCCCUCAUUAAAGCACGAAUGAUGAGCCGGAAGCUCCCGCUGGCUGUCGCUAUCUCCCCACCUCCGCAGCCUUGUUCCCCUACCUCAGUGGCGUCCUCUGGGGGAACAUUAGCCAUCAGUCCCUUAGCUCCCUCUCCCUCUCCAUCCCCUCCCAGCAGGCUACGAGGCCCCCGGUUGUGCUUUAGUGUUUGGUCCGCCUCCUCAACUUCACAGCCCCCCUCUACCUCAUCUCAAAGUGGGCGUUCAUCCGCAGAGAGGCCCCGAGUGCUCCGCGCCGCCAGGAGGUACCGCAAGCUGGCACGUAUUGUCCGUUCCACCAGUGACCCCAUCUCCUGUUCCUCCACUACUGGAAGAGAGUCUUGUGUCUCCACCUCUGCGAUUAAUGCUUCAGGUGGAGAUUCCACUCAUACAUCACCAGAGCAAGAGCAAUCGGGCAUUUCAGCGGAAGGCAUUGGAGGCAAACCAAAAUCUGCCAAGAAGCAGCCAAAGGAGAGCAGAAAAAUAGACCUCCACCUUAAAACACGAGCUUUGCAAGCACGUGAACGACCACAGUCACUCGCAGACCUCAAAAUGUAUAAAGACACGAAAAUAUUGGUGGCUAAGUUCCUGGAGCAUUCAAGCUGCAAUUUACCUCCUGAAGUGCAGCAAGUUGUCAACAACAUCAAGUGUGUCAUCAAAUCAGAUGAGAAACACAUGGAGGAGGCCAUAUUCAGUGCCAAUGUCAUAGAUCAGGUGAUGACGCAGUGCAUCAGUGGCAGUCCCAGGAAACGUGAUCAAGACGAUCUUCACCUCCAAAGCUGCGGUGCAUUGAGUUCCUCCCCUUCCAUGCGCCGUCCCAAAUGUCUCCCUCCAACUAGCGACACCGGUACCAAUUCACUGGACUCGCCUUCAUUUGAACAAAGCCUUGAGUGCAGGGAAACUAUUCUCUGACCAGCAUCUUCACAAGGAUCCGUGUCUAAGCUAUGAGGGCGUUCCAAAGUGCUCAUGUUGCAGCUACACUGUGCUGUGUAGAAAUUCAUAAGCGGUCUGGCAUCGUGAGGUCACGUUUGCGCUGUAUGACUGUGGCGUAAGAAAAGGGGAAGAGGCUCAAACUUUAUCUCCUGCAGCCACAAGAAUGUGUGCACAGUCAUUAGCAGAAAUAGUAGCAAACUCAAACUGAGCCUGCCUGUCUGUAGUGGCUUUUUUUCUCAUCAGAAAACAGAAUGUUUCUCCCUCAGGGGAUUUUUUUACACUGAGUUUCAUCAAAAUGAAACGAAUUGCCGCUAAGCUGGGAUCUGUCAUUCGCAGACAAACGAUAUUGUGUGACUGUAUUGCUAUUUUUCUUGUCCUUGUGUGAAAACAGGAAGAAUAUUAUAAAUAUAAAAUAUUCAACUGUGAACUGGAAAGAACGGGCUUAAUGAGCCAAUGUUUGAAGAUUUUGUGGAACUGUUGCUGAUGGGGUGGUGAAUAUUUUGUGGUGCCGCUGGUUCAAAAACAUUACAAACAUUUUAACUUACCUCAGUGUUAUAUUUCUUAUCAGUGUUCCAAUAAAAGAUGAGUUUGUAUCUUU